GCUCCCAGAAAUGGGAAGCAAUCAACAUGAAGAAUUUGGUGUAGGAGGUGGAAGAUCAGCAAGCUCUUCUUCAAGGAAAACAAAGAAGAACAGCCAAGCAAAGCAGCCAAAGCUGCCACAAAGAGGACUGGGAGUUGCUCAGCUUGAAAAGAUCAGAAUUCAGAGUCAGAUGAUGGCUACUUAUAAUCUCCAAUCACUUCAUCAUCCCUUUCAUUCUAAUCCAACCAUGGAGGAGCCUAUAACUUCAUCCUCACUUAAUGGUGCAGCAAAUUCAGUGUUCAGUGUUCAUCCCAAUUUCUUGAUGAGCUGUGGAGAAAAUAUAGUUAGUGCAGAUACAAGAUUUGGAGGCAUGCAGUCUAGUAAGGCUAGGUAUUUAGUACCAGAUCAUGAGGUUAAUAGUGUGCCACAGGGAGAUCAUCUUCAGCCUGUGACUCGCCCACUCAUGAUGGAUCACGUACAAAGGAGAAUCCACCAUGAACACGACUACUUCGCCGGAUCAUUAAGCCAAGUCUCAGACUCAAGCGAUUCGCAAGAACUAGAUUUGGAGCUGAGAUUAUAGAUGAA